AGCAUCGCGGUCCAGGUCGAUGUCGGUGACUCUCAGAGUGUGCAAGAUAUGGUGCAAGCAGCUGUGGAGGAAUAUGGCAGAGUUGAUGUGUGAGUACAAACGGUACCAUUACUCAGCAUUCCCAUUCCCAUUCCUCAAUUAUGACUGAGAAAUAAGUAGCUAAGGAUCCGGACAGAAUGUGUAAUAAUGCAGGUAUCGCAUUUGAGACGAAAGCACCGCGGCCCCUAGGGAUUUGGGAGACGCCAGAUGAGCAAUUCGACGCAACGCUGCGAGUCAAUUUGCGAGGUGUGUUCUUGGGUUGCAAGUACGCGGGUGCACAGAUGAUUAAGCAAGAACCCCGUGCCAGCGGCGGGGAUAGAGGCUGGAUCAUUAACACGGCUUCGAUUCUGGGGAUGGUGGGAUGGUAUGGGACGAGUUCGUACUCGUCUGCGAAGGGCGGUGUUGUGAAUCUGACGCGGACUGCUGCGUUGGAUUUUGCGAAGUAUCGUAUUCAUUGUAAUACCAUUUGCCCGGGCUAUACACAUAGUGCCAUGAUUGAGGGUUUGGAUAAAGACCUAUUCCAGAAAGUAUCGGCUAUGCAUCCUCUGAAAGGGUUUGGGACUCCGGAGGAUAUAGCUAGUGUGGCGGUUUUUCUCGCAAGUGAUGAUGCGAGUUGGGUUACAGGCGUUUCAUUAGCGGUUGAUGGAGGGUAUACAGCUCAAUAAGUAUGGUUGAGAUAUACACUGUUUUGUGUAGACUAUGUACUACAUGCAAGGAGACUAUAUCAUGAAAGCCAGCACUGCCUACUUGAUAUGGACGAAUGUCAACAGUCCCUGAAUAAAU